UGGAAACAGACCACGCACUGAAGGCUGAGCUAAAGUUUAAUAAGCUGCAGCUAACCUUCGUUUAGUUUUGGCUCUGUGGGACGUUUGUUUGGUUGUUUCGUGUCUGAUUAGAGACACGUUUCUAUCCGCGGAGGCAUAAAUAUGUCGCAAAGGACAUACAACCAGCUGUGGGCAGAUGCCCAGUUAGAGCUGAGCUGUCUGCUAGCCGAAGAACUACCAGCUGAGCCCCCGCGCCCUGAAAAAGACAGAGUAGUUUUCUUCCAGCGCCUGGCCAUGCUUUUUGUGCGCUACACCCAAAUCUUCAGACAGCUGGAGAAAGCCUAUGACCUGGUCGUCCACCCUCAGAAGAGAAGAUUUAUUCGUUCAGUUCUUGACAGCGUGAUGGGAAGGGUGUUAGAGCUGAAAAAUGAAAUGGUGGAAAAAGAGUUUUCAGAGUACCACUACAUGGAUGAUGUGCUUCAUGAUUUGAAGCUCAUACCUGCCGACCUCGAGAUCCCCAUCCCUCGCUAUUUUCACAGUGAACGCAGCAAAGAGGUGCAGCAAAGAAAGGCCAUGCUGACUGACAUCCUGAAAAUGGUGGAGGUCACCGAAACUCCUGAACCUGUAAUGGCCAAGGAGAUGAGUCAAGAGGAGGCAGUGAAGAUUAUUCAAGUGGCAGAGCGGGCGCGACAAGGACGUGAAAGGGCAAAGUUCAAUAUGAAAAACUUAAAUAUGAACACCGUAUACAGGAUCAAGGAACCUGGAGCAGACAGUGCUGAAUCAGCUGCAGUCUGCAUCCAAAAGGUGUGGAAGGGCUACGUGCAAAGGAAGAGGACAAAAACUGCCAGAGAGGAAGAGAUGAUUUUCCUGGGAAUGACUAUGGAUCCAAAGUAUGAGGCGCCACGCCCUGCAGAAAUGACGGCCCAGGCCAUCGAGGCUUCCACACGAGUAAAACAGAUGGAGCACGAGGAAGCUUACCAAAAGGCCACAGUGGAUGUCAUGAACCAACUGCGAGAUGUGGAAGGGGACGACAUGAGCAAAAGCAUGAAGGUGCAAAUUCAGCAGUGGUUCACUGAGUGCCGCAAUGCUACAGGAACAUUUCCAGACUACCCAGAUGAAGAAGAUGGAGGUUCUGCCCUCAUUUUUGCUGAAAAGACCCCUCAGCAGUUGUUGGAAGAGUUUGCUGCAAAAGAAGAAGAAGAGGCCAACACCAAAGCUAAAGGGAAAGAAGAAAAGAAGGAAAAGGGGAAAAGUGACAAGAAGAAGGAAGACGAGGAGGUGGAGGAGGCAGGGCUGAAGAUGCUGCCCUCUGCUUUUCUGCCGGACCUCGAAGUCGAAAGUAAAAUCUACGCAGACUUUUGGCACAAUCGCAGCGAGUACGGAAACUUUAACCAAAUGCAUGACCCGGAGCUAAUCAAGGAAGAAAAGAGGAAAGUCAUUGAGGCGGAAAUUCGAGUGAAGGUCGAUGAGCAGAUGAGACAAGAACUGGCUGAGUGGAAGCUGUCUGUGGAUAAAGACAAGGGCGGUAAGACGAAAGCAAACGCCAAGAAGAAGAAAGGCUCUAAGAGCGGAAAGAAGAAGAAAAAGGAAAAAGACCUGACGGCCGAUCGGACUCUGGAGUCUCUGUGUCAGGAGCUGGUGGAGCAGGGCUUACUGAAACACACACAUAAUGUUCAGCUGCAGGAUUUCCUGGGUGACUAUAGCUACCUGGGGACCACGCUGAGGCAACAUGACAUUGAACCCAUGCCGUCAUUGUCAGAUGUGCGACAAGUCAUAUCUCUGUAUGCAGUUCUGCCGUUAGGCUCUCAGGUGGUGCAUGAGAAGGCUCCUCUGAUAAAGUCAGUCCUGCUGGUCGGACCCACAGGUGUGGGUAAAAAGAUGCUGGUCCAUGCGGUUUGCCACGAGACGGGCGCCUGCCUGUUUGAUCUGUCUCCCCUGAACACAGCCGGAAAGUACCCAGGCAAGAGCGGGCUCGCCAUGAUGCUUCACUUGGUGUUUAAGGUUGCGAGACUGAUGCAGCCUUCAGUAAUCUGGAUCGAAGAUGCAGAGAAAAUGUUUUACAAGAAAAUCCCCAAGGAGGAAAAAGAGUUGGACCCUAAGCGGCUGAAGAAAGAUUUGCCCAAGUUCCUGAAACUGAUCAAAGGGGAGGAUCGUGUUCUGAUCAUAGGAACGACUCGAGACCCGCACAGUGCCGAGAUUAAGUCUCUGUGCAAAAUGUUCAGCAAAAUCCUCCUCAUCCCAAGACCUGACUACGGCUCAAGACGCAUCCUGUGGAAGCAACUGAUCAGAAAACACGGAGGUGAAGUGACCGAGGCGUUGGACCUCAGUUCUCUGGCAAAGAUUUCUGACGGCUAUACUCCAGGUCACAUCGUCCAAGUGAUUCAGAGCGUUCUUACCAAACAUCGAAUCUUCCAGCAGGCAAAACGACCGCUGACUGCGGCUGAAUUUAUCGCCCCGUUAGCCCAGAUUGACCCCGUGUUCCAGGAGGAGGAGGAGGCCCUGAAGAGCUGGUAUGCAAAGACGCCCCUGGGAAAGAAAAGAACUAAAGCUGCGUCAGGAAAGGAAGAAGAAGAACCACCUAAAGGCAAAAAUGCCAAGAAGAAAGGAAAAAAAUGAAUCUCUUUUCAUUCUUCGUCUUUUACUGAAAGGUGUGGGGCUUACACUGUCCUGUGUCAGCACGACUAAAACGAAUAAAACAUUCAUUGAGGUGUAGUCAUUGUG